AUGCAUCGUCUUUUUGCUGAGCUGGAGCCAUCUUUAACCGUCACAGAGCAAAACCUGGCAGACCGAGUUCGGUAUAUCUUGCGCUCAAAUAUAUUUGAUGUCGCCGAACUCGUACGGCUACGACGUGAGGCUGUUCCCUCGUCGGAUGAGAAUGCUACGGCUGAGGAUGCGGCGCCACAAAUGGUAGAGCAACCCGCAAACGUGGAUGCCGCCGUGAAUACCCCAGUUGUGGUUGAUUCAAACGAUGAUGGAACAGUCGCCCAGGAACUGGAAUUAGAGCAUAUGAGGAGUACAUUGGAAGAGGCGAUUGUGGAAACGCGCAGUACGCCUCUCGAAAAUCGACCGCGACUUCCCCGCAUAGCCCUAAGCAAGCGGAAUCGGGCUGUCCUGAGGGCUCUGAACCCAAUGCUGGUGACCUAUUUGGAAGCCAGCCGGGACCUUUGCGAGACGGACUCAAUUCUUUUUGGCGCCGCGCUGGCAGUCUGCCGUAUCAUAGGCGCCAAGGUUUCCACGGCUGGACGCGCUACUGGCCAUAGUAGCGCUAUCCCAGCAUGGAGAAGAAGAAUUGAGGAACGUAUCGCAAAGGCUAGAGCUCUCAUCGGCAGACUGAUAUGCUUCAGAUCAGGCAACAACAGGCCAAGAAUUGUGCGCACCAUCAGGAUGGCGUUUGCUGGGACAAAUGUCAGUUUGUUCCAGCCGGAUAUAACGCAAAAACCGACGGAGCGCAUAGAUGAUCUGAAGCAGAGAAUCGCUGCUUGGGGAAGGCGGAUUCGGCGAUAUACCGAGAGGUCGACACGGUUCAACCAGAAUCGUCUCUUCCAGAGUGAUCAGAAGAGGCUCUAUGAAUCAUUGGAGAGACCAAUGCUAAGUGGAACGGGUCCAGCACCGAAUCAGGCCGACACUGUAGCAUUCUGGCGCGGCCUGUGGUCAGAGCCCGUAAACCACAGCGAGGGCCCUUGGACGGAAGUUGUGGUGGGUCAGUGUGGGAGAAUUACGCCCAUGGAUUCCGUCAUCAUAACGCCGGAUGACGUAGCUGAGGCGGUCCGUAGGGACCCGAACUGGAAAAGUCCGGGGCUUGACGGGCUGCAUCACUACUGGCUGAAGGGGUUCAUGGUGUGUCACUCUGUGCUCGCCCGACAGUUUCAAGAGGCUCUCAACCAGAAGUCGCUCCCAAGCCUCUUCACUACUGGGAUCACUCAUUUGGUUCCUAAGUUAAGUGACAAAACUGCUACGUCAACGCAGUCAGUCAGCGCCUUGCGAGAGGUGUGA